CCAAAGCAAACUUGUUCCCUAAAAAAAGAAAAGGUAAAAGAAAUGCUCUGCAGAAUUUUUGUUUAAAAGCCCAGCUACUGUUCGAAUCCAAUCAGUUUCAAGCAAAGCCUUCAUUUGUGACACAAACUAAAACCUCUAUUCCAAAAUGUUCAAGUGGAUUGUCUUCAGCGCCCUUUUGUCGCUCGUUUUUGCCGACGACCUGGUUGUCAAGACUUAUCUGAACGAUGUACGCGCUGAUGGGUUUGAAACGAACGUUGAAUUGGAACAUCACAGCCGCCAAAGUGCCAUCGGCGAUGAACAUGGCAACAUGAAGGGAGCCUACGAAUAUCUGACACCAGAGGGCGAACAUGUCAAGGUCACCUAUACAGCCGAUGAAAAUGGUUAUCAUCCCGAAAGUGCAUGGCUCCCUACACCACCACCAAUCCCAGAUUACAUCUUGAAGGCCAUUGAAUACAUUAAGGCUCAUCCUCAUGCAGAAUAAAAGGGGCGGGGGGAGACGAAAAUGGACUGGAACUUAAAGAGGAUACGAGAAACUAAUGCGAAUUAAAAAAAUAUUAAAAAAACGACAAUAAAAAUAAGUUAAAGAAAGUUAAGGAAA